AUGUGUUUCCGGUAACAGACAAUUCCACGUUUAAGCUGUCAACAUAUUCAAUUUAUACAUUUCUCUUGUGUCAUAAUGGCAAUCACAAAGUAUCGACAUGCACUUUUUACGAAAUAGCCAUAACUGUAUUUUGCAUGAUUACAUAACCGAAAUAACCCACCUACAACGUGCGCUAACCCUUAUUUGUUAGGCCAUCGACGGCACCGUGAGUCGCUGAUAUUAUAAUGAUAUUCAUCAUAUUGAUAGUGACAUAAACUCAUGACACUGUGACAGUAAAUAAACUGAGUAAAUAAAAGUUUAGAUUAAUUUUUUAAUUAAUAUCCAAUUCAUUGUCAGGCCUGGCAUAUGCCUUUGUUGUUAGAUUAUAGGAUUUUAUGUGUUCCAUUUGAUUUCACUGUGACUGUUGAAAGAAAUGUGUUCUAAAACUGGAACUGUAGUUCAUUAAAAACUCGGUAACAAAGAUGAGAAGGUUAAAUGCUGCAAACAGAAAACAGGCCUUGAAGGUCGUGAAAGAACUGGAUGCUUUUCCAAAGGUACCAGAAAGUUACAAAGAAACAACAGUUUCUGGUGGUGGCAUAUCCAUCCUCACUUUUAUUUUGAUAUUCAUCCUUAUUAUUUCUGAAUUUGAAUACUACACAAACACUGAACUGCAGUUUGAUUACCAAGUUGACACAAAUUUCACCGGGAAAGUAAGAAUCAACAUUGAUAUGACUAUAGCCAUGCAAUGUGGGUCAAUUGGUGCCGACGUACUUGACCAGACAGGCCAGGAUGUUCAGAGUUACAGCAAACUGAAGGAGGAGCCAGUUUACUUUGAGUUGUCUCCAAAACAAAAAGAAUACCAAGCGUUUAUACGACAGAUCAAUGGAUUCUUGAUGGAGGAAUACCACGCCCUUCAGGAGAUGAUGUGGAAAUCUGAGUAUCCCAAUUUUCGAGGAGGCAUGCCUAAAAGAGAAAUUCCAGGGGUAGGUCCCCCAGAUGCUUGCAGAGUUCAUGGUUCUUUUGAGGUCAGCAAGGUUGCUGGAAAUUUUCAUGUUACUGCUGGGAAAUCGAUACCUGUGAUUCCUAGAGGUCAUGCUCACAUUGCCAUCAUGAUGUCAGAAAGAGAUUACAACUUUUCUCACAGAAUAGAUCAUUUCUCGUUUGGUACUCCAGUGUCAGGAGCUGUGUAUCCUCUAGAUGGUGAAGAACACGUAACAAAUGAUCAUUAUUACAUGUACCAGUAUUUCAUGCAGGUGGUUCCCACAGAAGUGAGAACGUACUCGACAAAUGAAGACACAUUUCAGUUUUCUGUUACCGAAAGGAAUCGGACUAUCAAUCAUGCUAAAGGCAGCCAUGGUGUUCCUGGCAUAUUUGUUAAAUAUGAUUUAUCUUCAUUAAAAAUACGCAUCAGAGAAGAUCGGAAACCAAUAUGGCAGUUUCUAGUUCGGUUGUGUGGUAUCAUUGGAGGAGUUUUCUCCGUUUCAGGUAUGCUUCAAGGUCUUUUUGGAUUCCUGGUGGAUGUGGUUUGUUGCCGAUUGAAAAUGGGAAAGUACAAGACACAAAGUUUUGAUGAAGCAAAUGCGACCUUACCUCAACAAGAACAGUUGCUCACUAAUGGCAGUUAUGUAGCAGACCCAACUCCUGUCUCUUUAUUAUCGCAGACGCAAUGACAACAAUCUGUGAAAUAGGUCUCAGACUGAAAUCCAUUUCCACUGCUGUAUACUUGAGACACAAUGCAUUAAUGACAACUUGUCUGUUAUUUUGCUGCAUUAAUGAUGUAGUAUUUUGUCUUUGGCUUGUUGUAGACACCACAGAAUCUUUCCACUAAACUAAAUAAGCAUCCAAAUGAUUUCUGAUCAUGGUACACUAAAAUUCAACAAAAGUACUUUAGAGUUUUAAGUCAUACAAAAUAUAAUACACACUGCAGACUCAAAUGUCACAAGCUGACCAAUUGAUCAUCCUGUUAUUUUAUUCUUUCCAUCAGUUAUGAUCAAGUUAACUGUAAUGAUAUGAUGAUACAGUCUUUUAUUGUGAUAUGAGGCCUACGAUAUGAUGAAUCAAUUUAUGGCAGUUGUAUCACAAUAUAUACAGCACAUACACAUAUUUCAGUAAGUUUAAAUAAAAUGUUGAUAUCAAAAUAUUAAAACUUAUGAACAUGGUCUGAGGAAUGAAAUCACAAGUCUCAUGAUCAGUUCCAGGAAUACUGUUUGGCAUACAAGGGGUCUAUUUCUAUAAACUGCAGUCAGCGUUUCUAUGGCAUUACAUGCUUUUUUAUGAAAUUUAUUAAAAAACAUAAAUGUGUAUUUUCAACCAAACAAAUUAUAUCUGAACAGAUACAUAUUGUAUUGAUUAUUACACCUCUGAUUAUGAUUAUGAAUAAAUAUUAUUAAACACUUAUUCAGCCAGAUAAUAAACAUAGUUGAAGUAAAAAGCGAAAAAAAAUGAUCAUGUCCUAUCAUUUGCAAUUAAUAAUGGAGUAAUCCAUAUGCUUGUGACUUUAUGUCCAAAGGUUGUGGUUACAGUUUUUAUAUGUUGUUAGUAACUUUGUUGAUUGUCAGUUUAAAAUUUUAAUUAUUUAUUUUGGUGUUUGGACUGAUAAUAACUCUAGUGAUAUAUUGGUAAUUAUUUAGUGGUUGAGACCUAAUGACUGUGCACACGCUUUAGCUAUACUUGAAAUGCAAUGCAAUGAUGACAAUUUGGCUGUUAUUGUACUGCAUUAAGGGUGUAGUAUUUUGUUUUUAGCUAACUUGAAACGCAAUGCAAUGAUGACAAUUUGGUUGUUAUUGUACUGCAUUAAGGGUGUAGUAUUUUGUCUUUGGUUUGUUGUAGACACCACCACAUUUUGCCACUAUAGCAUCGAAAUGAUUUCUGAUCAUGGUACACUAAAAUUCAACAAAAGUAUUUUGGAGUUUGAAGUCCUACAAAAUAUAAUCAGAAAUGAUAUUGACCACUCCAACUUUAGGCCUCCAUUAGUAAAUCUAACUAAAAUUUAAAACCAAUGUCACCAAGUGACCAGAGGACCUUUCAUUUGACCAAUCACAACCAUCGGUAUAAAAAUGAUAGUGCUAUUGCCAUAAUGUAUUUAGAAUGACUGUUCACAAUGGAAGGUUAACUGAACUUAAAAUGACAUUGGCACACAUCAGAUUUAUGAGCAGAAAUCAAUGUGGAUUGACAGUAAAAUCUGGAGGAAAUGUUACAAGUGGUUAUAGAUCACAGAUAACGCAAUGGUGUAUCAUGACCUGCGUUUGGUAAUUUCUCAUAUACUAACAGGCAGAUCUAGGGGGGCACCAGGGGUCCACCCCCCUAAAUUUUGCGACAGUUAUAAUUUUAUUAUAUAUUAAUUUUUUUUUUUUUUUACAAUUCUCUCCAAACCUCCCCCAAAGUUCCAUUGGCAUUCCAUCUCAUGUCAUUGGGUCCCCCCCCCCCCCCAAAUGGAUUUUCUGGAUCCACCACUGACUAAGACAAACAUUUUUGCUAAAUGUGUGUAAUUAAAAGAAAACUUGUGACUUUCAAAAGUGAAAUCAGACACUGGAUUUAAAAUACAAAAUGAAAAGUGUAACUGACCUGUCAUUGAACGUAGCUUAUAAUACUUUUGUAGUACAAACCAUUUUGUCUUUGUCUUAGUGUACAUGUGUAUUAAAAAGAAAAAAAAUCACAUAAUAUUUAUUUUAUUGCUAAUUCACCUCCAAAUAAUCAAAAAUUUAUUGAUCAAAACAUAACAUACUUGCCUAAUGUAUUUACUACGCAAUAUUAAAUUUUUUAUAUCUUUUUCAAAAUUAUUAAUAAAUGUAUGUAGUGUUCAUUAUUGUCAUGUUGAUUUGAAAGACACACUCAUAAUUUACUUAUUCACAAUGUAAUUUGUGAUUUCAUCCCUAGUACUUUAUGGUACACUUUAGUGGUUGGUUAUCGUAGUCAUUAACAUUGCAAGAUAAAAGUAUACCAUAAUUAUCAUAUUUGCCAUUAUGUGUCAUCACUACGUUUUUAUACUCAUCUUUGAAUGUUGCGGUGGGUCUGAGGGGAUAUAUAAGGAAGAUAAUGGAAUGGAAAUUUUUUUUUUGAAUAAAACUGCAGUUUCUUGAAAAGUAAGGGCUUACUAUGACCUUUUCAUCAAAGACUAACAGGAACAGUUUUGGGGUAGUGCCGAAAUCAGGAAUUCUAGAGGAUGUUCAUCUCUCAGGCGUGUGUGCAAGAAUUUAUGCAGGGUGGUGUGUUUAUGGGGGGGAGGGGGGGGGCGCAUGUCUAGAGCGAAGUUUUAGAGGGGAGCUCAAGUCAUGUACCCCCUGUAAAAUAUAUUGAAAAAAAAGGAGAACAUUUCUGACCCCGACCCCCCUGCUUUGUAUGUAUCUGAAGAUGGACCUUCCGUAUCUACUUGUAAUUGUACAUAUUUGAGAAGCUUCGGCAUUCCACACAUUUUUACUGUUAUAAAGACCCAUCUUACUUCAGGCAAGUAUUUUACCACACAUGGAAAGGGGGGGGGGGGAGGGUGUUUAAAAAGUGUAAUUUUAAAUCUGACCCAAAUAAAGUCCCAAAUUGUGAUGAAGUUGUGCUGAAAUUUAUAAUGUAUAUUUUGGUUCAGACCUGCUGAUUAAUUAUAACUAUUUGUAACAUUUCAUUGCUUAUAUAAUGUGCCUUACAUUAGACCUCAUAAUAAACUUGUUUUAUUAUUGAA